AUGCUUCUGAUCAACUUCUUAUGCUGGUUGCUCAUAGUAGUAGAUGUAGAUGCAGUGCAUCGUGGAGUAGGCCUUGAAAUUUGCACACAAGCAAGAUGUAAACCGGACGGCCCAGCCAUCCGAUUCCCAUUUCAACUUAAAGGUAAGCAGUCAAUCCAUUGUGGUUACCAUGGCUUUGAUCUGUCAUGCACUAAUGACAACGAGAUUGUGCUGAAGAUGCCAGCAUCAUCUGACAACCUCUUCGUCGAAAGGAUUGACUACACAUCUCAGGAGAUUGAAAUAUAUUACCGAAGUAAUCACCCACCGAGAGAGUUUUUCGACCUCAGUUUAUCUUCCUCUCCCUUACAGUUUAUGCCUGGACCACAUAACUAUAAUUAUACCCUAUUCAGUUGUCCAUAUUUAGAAGAAAGAUUAUCCUACGGUUUUUGUCUGAUUAAACUGGGACCUUACCAACUUGACAAUCCUGAAAACCAGACAUACGCUGUCAACGCUCAAUGUUCUGUUGAUAGAAUUCCCCUAGUGUCUUGUACCAAGCUGCAUGACUAUACAUCAAUUCCAGACAUAUCAACCUUUGCAAUGAAGAAAAUUAUGAAGUUGCAUUGGUCCAAACCAUCAUGUCGACAUUGCGAAGAGAUGGGCAAGGCAUGUAGAUCAAAGAUUAGUGAAUAUAGUCUUGCACAUGUUCAGACUGCAGAAAGCGAAUGUUUAGAUUUACCUGAAGACCAUAAAAAUGCUCUGAUAUCUAGUUUUACAGUGGGGGCUCUCAUCAUCUACCAUGCCUAUAGCUCCAAGAAAAUAUUCGACAAAAAAAAUCAGUUGAGGAUUGAAAGAUUUUUGGAAGAUUACAUAGCUCAGAAGCCAAGCAGAUAUUCCUAUGCUGAUAUUAAGAGGAUAACGAAUCAAUUCAAGGACAAGUUAGGGCAAGGGGCCUAUGGAACAGUUUUUAAAGGGAAGCUUUCAUCCGAAUUGCUCGUUGCUGUGAAAAUCCUCAACAAUUCAAACGAAAAUAGAGAAGAUUUUACAAAUGAAAUGGGAACGAUGGGUUUAGUGCACCAUGUCAAUGUGGUUCGCUUGGUUGGCUUUUGUGCUGACGGGUUUAUACGAGCUCUUGUGUAUGAAUUCUUACCAAAUGGUUCAUUACAAAACUUUUUAUCAUCAGCAGAUAAUAAAAACUCUUUCCUUGGUUGGGAUAAGUUGCAAGAUAUUGCUUUAGGUAUAGCCAAAGGAAUUGAGUAUCUUCACCAAGGGUGUGACCAUCGAAUCAUCCAUUUCGACAACAAACCCCAUAACAUUUUGUUAGACCAGAAUUUCACCCCAAAAGUUUCUGAUUUUGGUCUAGCCAAGUUAUGUUCAAGGGAUCAAAGCGCAAUAUCCAUGACGACCGUCAGGGGGACGAUGGGCUACAUUGCACCAGAAGUGUUCUCUAGGAACUUCGGUAAUGUGUCCUACAAGUCAGAUGUCUAUAGUUUUGGGACGUUGUUGCUGGAAAUGGUUGGUGGUAGAAAAAACUUUAAGGUUAUGGAGGACUCCACCAGCCAAGUCUACUUCCCAGAAUGGAUUUAUAACCUUUUGGAACAAGGGGACGACCUACGGAUUCAUAUUGAGGAUCAAGGAGAUGCUAAAAUUGCAGAAAAACUUGCCAUUGUGGGUCUAUGGUGCGUCCAAUGGCACCCAAUAGAUCGUCCUCCAAUGAAAAAUGUAGUUCAGAUGUUAGAAAGAGAAGGUGACAAUCUCGCCAUACCACCUAAUCCUUUUUGUUCUACUUCGAAUUGA